AUGAGAGAGCGAGCGAGCAGUAAAGGAACCAAGGCUGUGAGGUAUAUGAAGGCACCUUUAAAGAUGUUGAUAAAGGUAAAGGACAUGUAUGUCCGUGGCAUGAUCCGAUGUUCUACUGGCAUGGCUGGUAUGGAUACAACAAUGGGAUAUCCUACGCUUAACUUCACUACUCCUGAGAGUUUCAACUUAUGCUCGACAAUAUCUACCACAAGCGAUGAUGAUUUCAAGGAGCUCGUAAAGUCUGCAUCGCUGAAAAUCAGACCAGGUGGGAAUAACGUUGAUGUUGGUGUGAAAGCAAUGAAUGUGGUGCCAAGGAGGAGUCGCAGUGUCGGAAUGCCAACUAUCAAAGAAGAGGAUGAAUAUGAGGAGGAGUUUGAGGCGGGAGAUGAUGAUGGUGAUAUCAUUGUGAAGAUCAAUCCCCUACUUUCACAAAGUAGAAGUUGUGUCAUUCACAACGGAUCAAGUAUGUUUUAA